UAUAUUUUCAUGUUGCAACACCGCAAGAUGCCAAGAUUUUCAUGCUAUAACCCUAUUGAUAGUUCAAAUAUAAUUGGCUCGAUUCCUUACACCUUGACCUCCGAUUGACAUGUGCUUAAAAUUAUUAACCAAUCUUUGAGCAAAAUGAAAUGAUCUUUAUUGACCUCAUUUUUAUUCAAUUUUAAUGUAACAUGUUCCUACGAGCACUACUGUGAUAAUAUUAUCUUACAUGCACAUUUACAGUUAUUAAAACCACCAAGAAGUAUGUGAGAGGUGGCAUAAUUAAGUAGUAAGAAGUAAGAAUUAUCGGAAUCAAUCAUGAUUACUGAAUGUUUAG